CUAGGAAAUAAAUUGAAUACCUACAAAAUAUACCAACUAACUUUCAACAUCUGAUUAAAAAUAUACGUAAUAAAUAGUUAAAUACUUAACCAUUAUGACAUAACUUUUCAUAUUGACAUCUAAGCCAAUUAAUUUCUUUACAUACAAAAAUUACAAUAAAUAUGAUUUUUAUGAGCCUCAAUGAAAAUCCUCUCAUUUAAAUACCGAAUACAACGUAUAGUGUAGGUAGGUUAAUACCAUAGUUGUAAUUUUAUGAAAUGCACCUAAAAUCCACGUGGCAACCCAUGCCCUUAUUAUUCAAAGCACAUUCCCCCUACCCUUAACUCCAUAACAAAAUCCUUUUCUCUCUCUCUAUCCAUUGUCCAUCCACCUCAUUCCUUCCCUUCUGUCGCAUAUGCCUUUAAAUCUCCAAUCCCCCUUUUUUUUUUUUUUUUUUUUUUUUUUUUUUUCUUUUUUUAGGAUAUCCUCUCUCUUCUUCCCCCCUUAUUUAUUAUACAAACCCCCACACAUUUAAUUAUAUAUUUAUAUUACCCAAUAGUCCCUUUUCUCCUUUGUUUUAUCCUAAUUUUUCUCACACUUUUUUUUUUAAAAAAAUUUAUUUAGUCCUAAUAUUUCAACACCCUCCUUUAUAAAUACCCGUCCUAAAAUUCUUUCCUUCUCAUUUCAUUACACACAACUACCAAAUCCAGUCCAAUACAACUAAACAUACAUAAAAAUGGCCGUGAAUGUGAGAAGGUGUAAUAAACGAGUAACGGACCCUUUCAAUGAAAGGGUCCGUGCUAGAAUUUUUAGUUCUAUUAGUAGUACCACUAGUAGUAGUGGGAGCGAACACGACGCCGAGAUUGACGUCGUGUCCAACCCCUCAUAUUCUCUUUCCUCCUCCGCCUCUACCUCUCCGUGCCUAUCCCACCUCGUACAAAACUUUCUCGAAAACGAUAAUUCCCCUUCUAAUAACACCACCACCACCACAGCCGACCCCUUCCACACUCGUGACUACUCGUCCGACUCCGAAUCGGACGAGCACCUACGGUCCGACCCGGUAGCAAUGAUUCACGACGUCGUUAACCCGAUUAUUUGGAACAAUGCGGAUCAAUUCCGAAACCAGCUUCUCUCAAAUGUAAUCAAAGCAACUAAGAUUUUUUCCAUUUUUCGAAGCAAAAACAAAUCGAUUUAUAAUCGGAAUUUAAUGGCGUACCUUCGAGAAAUCGGAUACAACGCCGGAAUUUGCAAGACAAAAUGGGACUCCUCCGCCGGCGGAACCCUAACCGCCGGAAAUUACGAAUUUAUCGACGUAAUCCGGCCAAAUUCAACGGUUAGAUACAUAAUCGACGCCGAAUUUUCCGGUGAAUUUGAAAUCGCAAGAGAAACGGAAAAUUACAGAAUACUACGAACAUCAUUACCUAGGGUUUUCGUCGGAAAAGUUGAAGAUCUGAAGAAGAUCAUACGGCUAUUAUGCGACGAAGCUCGAAGAUCGAUGAAGAUCAACGGCCUUACUUUGCCGCCGUGGAGAAGGAAUCGUUACAUGCAGAUAAAAUGGCUUGGUGCGUAUCGUCGGACGACGAAUUAUUUGCCGUCGUCGACGGCGGAUUCUACGGCGGAGGCGUCGAAGUUCGCAGUGAAAUGUCGGUCGGUUGGGUUUGAUGUUACCGGUAAUAGUGGCCGGUUUUUAUUUCCGACUAGAACACGUUAGUUUAGUUUAGUUGAUUCAAUUGGGUUGAUUUAAAUUUUUUAAUGGUGGAUUAUUGUAAGUACAGAAGUACUGAGUACAAUUUUUUUCAAUUAAUAUGAUGGCUGUGAAAUUUUGAAAUACGUUACGUAUUGUUUUUGUCUUUGUUACUCGUAAAUUUUUAAUCCUUAUGAAUUUAUGAUAUUUACUCACCCAUUGUAUGAUCGAAAAUUUUAAAUGCGUGUAUACUCUACGUUCAAUUUCAAUGGUUUCAUCUUCAAAUUCAUGUGAAGUAUUAUCGAGUGGAUUCAUUUGAAAUUAUUCGGAUUUUUAUUUUUAAUUUUUAUCGAGUGGGUUCAUUUGAUACUAUUCGGAUUUUUGUUUUUAAUUUUUAUCGAGUAUGUUCAUUUGAAAUUAUUCGGAAUUUUUUACGUAAGAAAAAAAGAAAGAAAUUAUUGGGAUUUUUUUUCUCCGUGUGUAUUUAAUACUAUUACAAAUGAGUUGUUUCAUUGUGGCGUAUAUAUUUUUGAAACGUAGCAAAUUUAAUGGGACAUCUAUUAUAGAGCAAUUUUAAUGAAAGAGUGUUUGGCGUGAGGGAUUUAGAUAAAAGGAUAAGAUCGAAUGAUGAUAAGAAAUUGGUGAUUGUAAUUAAGAAAAAAAAUAUACAAAAUAACUAAGGGUGAAUACUAAAUUCACCGUUUUAAAUCUCUUGUUCUCUCCUCCUUCCUUUGAGGAUUUUCACCAAACACAUUUUCAAGGUAAAAUUGAGACUACUCGUAUUUUUU